AUGCAGACUGAGCAGUCCAGAUGGCGGCGAGCUCCUAGAAACUUUAUGAAGUUCGGGGAUUUCUCAGGGCCCGGGGAUGAUGCAGAGCCACUGGUCGACUACGAGAUUGGCGUUUUUGAGGAGAAAAAGUUUCAGAUUCGUCUUUUGAUCCCGGGUCCAGUUGAAGAGCCGGAUUACGAGAAAGCAUUUCGACUGACCAUUGAUGACGCCAAAAGUAGGCUGGAUAUCCGUGUCAAACGGGCCAUGCAGCCACCUGAAGAAAUGGCACUAAGAAGACAAUAUGAACGUCAAACAGGUUCGUCGCCAAGCUGA